AUGAGAAAGAUCGUAGUUCUUGGGUCGACAGGUUCGAUCGGGCGGCAAACGCUGGAUAUCGUCCGGGCCUUUCCCGACGAGUUCGAGGUGAUCGGGCUGGCGGCGGGCACCAAUACAAAACUGCUCAAAGAGCAGGUGGCAGAGUUCCAGCCCGCCCACGUGUGGAGCGCCGCGGCAGGGGCCGGAGAGUUUCCCACGGCGGCCUUCACGCCGAUGGAGGAAAUGGUCACCCUGCCCCGCGUGGACCAGGUCAUGGUGGCACUGAUGGGCAGCGUGGGACUGACCCCAACGCUCAACGCGCUGGCCGCAGGAAAGCAGGUGGCACUGUCCAAUAAAGAACCCAUUGUCAUGGCGGGCAAGCUGAUCAAGGACUUCGAGGCUCUCUACGGCGGCAGGGUGCUGCCGGUGGACAGCGAACCAAGCGCCAUCUGGCAGUGCCUGCAGGGUGAGGACAACGAGAUCCUGCGCAUCCUGAUCACCGCCUCGGGAGGGCCAUUCCGUACCACUCCGCUGGAGGAUAUUGAAAAUGUCACCCCGGAGCAGGCAUUGCGGCACCCGACUUGGAAGAUGGGCCAGAAGAUUACCAUCGACUCAGCGACGCUGAUGAACAAGGCGUUCGAGGUGAUCGAGACUCACUGGCUGUUCAGCGUGCCGUGGGAGCGCAUCGAGGUGGUGGUACACCCGCAGAGCACCAUCCACUCCAUGGUGGAGUUCGCCGACGGGUCUGUGAAGGCGCAACUCGGUCCUCCCGAUAUGCGACUGCCGAUCCAGUACGCGCUGUUCUAUCCACAACGGCUGCCGAACUCCAUGAUCCCGCGGCUGGACACGUCGAUUUCGCACAGCCUUAACUUCGACCCACUGGAGCCAAACCGCUACCCGUGCUUCUCGCUGGCCAUCGAAGCAGCACGGAAAGGGGGCACUUACCCGGCGGUGCUGAGCGCGGCAGACGAGGUGGCAGUGCAGGCAUUCCUCGACGGCAAGAUUGGCUACGGCGGCAUCCACCAUCUGGUGGAACAGACGCUGUCUGAGCAUGAUUCCCUGCCCGGAGAGACGGCCGAAGAGGUGCUGCAGGCCGACGCCUGGGCUUCUGCCCGAGCCUUCGAGCUGGCCAGCGGGUGA